AUGGCAAACUUUCAGAGCCCAGUCCCCAGUGGAGACUCCCAGCCCCCACCAGGAUUCCCCCGCCACAUAGAGCUCGACGGGCGAACCCUUGAGGGCGGUGGACAGCUGGUCCGUAAUGCACUGGCGCUGUCAGCCCUUACAAGCCGAACGGUGACGAUCAAUCACGUUCGCGGGAACAGAGGAAAGCCGGGACUAAAGGCUUCACAUGCAGCGGCGGUCAAAUUGCUGGCUGAGAUCAGUCGCAGCAAAGUCAACGGUGGAGAAGUAGGAUCACAAUGCGUGACCUUUGAACCCAAAGCACCAGCGAGCGAUGAGUCUACCUCAUCAAACUUCCACAAAUCACCUUUAGUUUCUUUAUUGGAGUUGUCUGUGCAGCCUGAAUAUACCAUCCAGCUACCGACACCAGGCUCAGUUUUCUUGAUUUUCCAGGCCUUAUAUCCCUACCUUCUUCAUGUUGGAUCUCGAGCAGAAACAGAUUGCGUGAAAGUGACCAUCACAGGUGGGACGAAUGGGAGCAGCUCGCCAUCUUACGACUAUGCUUCGCAAGUCAUGGCGCCCAACUUUGCUCAACUUGGUCUCCCUCCUCUUUCGAUUGAUCUCCAUAAACGCGGUUGGACUAUAGGUCCGAUCGAGAUGGGGACCGUCACUUUUCAUGUUCAUCCCCUGGGCUCAAUCGUGAAUGAUGAGGGUGCCCCCGACACUCGUUUUCCACAGAUCAACAUCAUGGACUAUGAGCACGGGAAGAUUACGCAGAUUGAUAUCACUGUUCUUGCGCCAGACAGCAAGCUAUCAGGCGAAUCCAAAACUGUUCGCAAGUACAUUGAGAAGCAGACCCGUCGACGUCUACGUCAGGUCGUGCAGAUUAUGGAUUCAUCGAAUUUUGAUAUUCCAACGGAUCCAGAUUCCGAUCGUGCGGAUAUUGUGCCCAUCACGAUCCACACGUCAGAACCCACAACGCACAGGAGUCGAGUGUAUCUUCUUCUCGUGGCUCAUACAUCAACCGGUUUUAGGAUCGGAGUUGACGGUUUCAUGGGUAAUGAAAAGGCCUCAGGGCCUCCAAACAAGAAACACAAGAACGGCAAGAAAGCGAAGCAUCAUGAGACACGUGAUCAUCAGAUUCAAGCCCAUGAAAGUGUUACGAGCUGCAUUGAUGCCUUAAUUGAAGUCUUUGUUGAAGAGAUUUCCAAACAGGGCCGCGAUCCAGCCAAAGAUGCAAAGCGAUCAGUCUUGGAUUUGCACAUGAGAGAUCAGAUUGUUGUGUUUGAGGCUCUGGGCGAAGCCCACGGAGGAACUGACAAAACCAAGUCUCGACAACAGGAGGGCGAGCAAUAUUGGUCAUUGCAUACUCAGACUUCAAAAUGGGUGUGUCAGAAGAUGUUAGAGACGGAGUAG